AUGGCUGAAAUACCUGAACCCGGCGGAGACAACCCAGCGCCCCCAGGAUCCGGCUCGUCGACUCUCAGAUCAGGAAACACCGGAGAUUCAAGCGGCAAAACCCUAGUCGGACAAAGUUCUGUAGAUACUGUGGACCUUUCGGGAACAAUACAAGAUCCGGAUGCACCGCCAGCAAACACUGGACAAGCAGUAUCUGGAGCCAACAUCGGUGUUCCAGGUGGCCUUGGAUUACCAAAAACGCCAGAGACCGACAUUGAUCUCUCGAGUAUCGGGAGGCCACUACCGAGAGACGAACGUUCAGCGGAUCCAAGGCCAGGACUAAACGCACCUCAACCGGAUCCUCCAUCUGAACCUAUAGAUAUUUCCAAGUUUACUAAUCCAGAUGGUACUACUGAUUGGACUAGGAUUGGGGCCAUACUGUCAAUGAGAGCUCAGCGUGAGAGGCAGGAGAGGAGGGCUCGGCGUCGGAUGCAACCUAGACCACAGCGUGAGAAGUCAGCUCAAUCUCAAGGCAUACCGGAAAAUGCCCAGGCUCAGGGCAAGUCGGAAGAUGCCCAGCCUCAGAGUAAGUCGCAAGAUGCUCAAUCUCAGGGCGAGUCGCAAGAUGCUCAAUCUGAGGGCGACUCGCAAGAUGCUCAAUCUCAGGGCAAGCGGCGAUUUGUUAAACCUCCGGGCAUAGGAAAUGAAGCUGGGCGUCGGUUUCGUCGUUACCACCGAGCGUUUAGGCGGAGGAAUUCCUCACUGGCUUUCUUGGAAAAACGAGGCAUUGAUGUAAAGGCUCUGUCAGACAUCACCGAAAAGACUACUCCGUUAGCUAGUCCCGAAGAUAGAGGCAAGACUGGGCUACCAUCGCCAGGAGGUGGCGUUGAUGCGAAAAGUGAAAGAAGUCAUGCUACUAAUCCAAGGGAACCUAAGGAGAAGGUUGAUUUUGGUGGCGUUUCUCCUGUGAAAAUUCAACCAAAGCCUUUACCGCCUAGUGAUAAGCUAUCGUCAAUUAGAAACGAAAAAUUUCGUAGAUUCGCCAAGCAACCUGCAACAUCGACAACAAUCGAACAAAAGCUUCAUCGAUGGUUUCAAAAUAACCGAAGUUCAGGGAAAAGUACUGCUGCCCAAAUAAAUGAAGCGCAGGUUGAGAGGGAACUGGUGAAUGCACGCGAAAAACACAUUGCUUGGAUUGAAGAUGAGAAACGCGCUGCAAAUGACUUGAUCAAGAAUGAGACAGAUGGUAAUGCUGUAAUUGCAUUGAAGAAAGUAGUCGAGAGGCUCGACCGUCAUCUAAAAGAAGCUUCGCAAUUGGAGGAGAAACGCGUAAAUCGGAAUAUCCUGAAAGAUCAUUUGGAACUCGAAACAAGUCCUACUAUCAAGGGAAAAUUCCAAGAUCAACUCAAAGAGUUGAAUUUGCAGAUUGAAAAUGAAGAGGGCAAAGAGAGAAUAAGACUCAAACGUCAUAUGAGCGGAGAUUCGGUUUCAGUAGCAGAAACGAGAAAAGUGGCUGCUAUGACACCGGCUGAGCAAGCUGCUUCCAAUGCUCGAUCAGGUCAACUCUCCACAACGGUUGCAUCACGGCCUCCAGAUCAACUCGAACCAUCGCCCGCGGAAAGAGCUCUACGUGAGAAAUGGAUACACGAAGAUAAGCCUCAUGAAGAUGUUGUCAUGAAAAUUGAGUUAAUGUCUGAUUCCAAGGAGAAAAUGGAUGCAUGGAAAGCUUUACAAAAAGUGCGCAGUUCCCUUUUACUAAAAAGACAGAAAGAGUUACAAAAGUUCUGGAGGAAACAAGCGGAUGAGACGAAAGCGGAUCGUGAAUUUGCUUGGUCGGAGGAAGAAGAUGAUGCGGAAGGAAAAGAUGUACCUGGAACGAAGCGUUCAUCGCAAGGAAAAAUUGGGAGCAUCGAUAGCGGGAAUGGUGUCAAAGAUGUGGCUCAGGCUGAACUUGAUAAGGCUAGGACGCAACUUGCGAAAGAUUUGAAGAAGAAAAAGGCCGAAGAGGCUGAAAAUGCGAAGAAGAUUGAAGAGGCUAAGAAUAUUGAAGAAGCUAAGAAGCUUGAGGCAUUGAAGUGGACUCUCGGGGCUCCUACAGGAAGGGAUAGUUUGCCGAGUUAUCGAACUCAGGGAAAACAAAAACGACCUCAAACUGAGGCCCAUAGAUUUCUCGAGACUCCUGGAAUGAGGGGAGGAAGUGGGCUGUCUGGACAGAAAGGUUUAAGACGUCGAAGGCCAGAUAAACUUGAUCUUGGUGAGCGUGGAAAAACCCCAGGAACAGGGGCACUCCCAGCUGAUCCCGGAAGUGAGGCUCCUCCGCCCAUACCGGUACCUUUUACAGUUAAAACCCCACUUUCUCCUAUUCAAGAACGAAGGUCGGAACCCGUUGGUUAUGAUACACAUCCUGGAGUUGCCCGGUUUUUAGGAAAUAUGGCAGCGGAAAGAAUCAGGAAGGAAAUGCUAGCAAAAGGUCUAGAACCGGCGGACCUAGAUGAGAUGAGGAAAGAGGUCGAUGAAUUUGCGAGGCCUCCUCGGACCGAUGCUGCGACAUUAGCUAAGAAUGCUGCGGCCGAGUUAAGAAGACAGGAAAGAAUCAAGGCUGCCAAGGAAAGAUUGAAAAAUGCUGCCGAGGCGCAGGAGGAGAGACUGAAGGUUAUAGCGGCUAAGCAAGCUAAGGAUCUUGAGAAAGGUAUAUCACCCAAAAGCGCUUUUUCUUGGGAAGAUCCGGAUAGUAGGGCGGCUGCUGACAGGAUGGAAGGGGGGAAGGGGAACGAGAAGGAUGGUGAAAGAUUGCAGAGGGAGAUGGCGGAGAAGAAAAGGAUGGAAAUAGAAAUGGAAGAGAAGAAAAGGCUGGAAAGAGAAAUAGAGGAGAAGGAAAGGCUGGAAAGAGAAGAGGAGGACGAAAGAAAAGAGAAGAAGGAAAAGCCGAAAGAAGAAACGCCAUGGCAAGAACUUCUCAGACAGAUAGAGGAGGAGAAUAAAGAAGAAAAAUUAAAACUGGAGGAGAAGAAAAGACGCGACAGAGAAGCGGUGUAUGCAGGAUUGCUCGAAUUACACCUAGAGGAAGAAAAAUUUCGCAAAGAACAAAAGGCGGAAACAGAAAGAUUGAAAAGAAAAACACAGGAAAGAAUAGAUGCUUUAAACAAGCCCGGGGAAAGUUUUUCUGAGCUACUUUUUAAAGAUUUGCUAGAGAAACAUCGAGUUGAAGAGGAAAUUCGGAAAGGGUUGAUUGAGGAUGAAUUAAGAAGGGAAAAGGAGGAAAACGCUGCUAAAGAGAAGAAGAGGAGGGAAAGAGUUAGAAACGGGGCUGCGAUUGAUUUAGAUGGGAUAGUGAAUCAUAUAGCCGAUAAAGCGAGUCGUUCUGGAAAACAACCUAAGUUGCCAAUAGGGGAUGCAAUAAAAGAACAGGAAAAGGAGGUACAGGAUUAUAUGACAAUAUUGAAGAAUGAGCUGGGGGAGAUUGUACGUGGAAAAAGAAAUUCAAAAGGAUCAAUUGAGCAGCAAGAACGUGAGCUGAUUGAACAGAGGAUUAAAGAAGAGUCUGAAAUAAGAGAAAGAGAAAGGGAAAGGGAAAGGGAAAGGGAAAGGGAAAGGGAAAGGGAAAGGGAAAGGGAAAGGGAAAGGGAAAGGGAAAGGGAAAGGGAAAGGGAAAGAAUUCUAGAAGCGCAGCGAGAAGCAGAGGAAUUAGAAUCAAAACCGAGAGAGGAACGUGAUUUAAAACAAAUAAUGGAAAAAGAAAGGGAAGAACUUCAAAAGGCAGCUGAUCUAGAACAGCUAGGUGAUUAUGAGGAUGAAUCCAGCGAGGAAUUAAGCUUCUUUCAAAGUAUCUCCCUCAAUUUACGUGUCCCCAGGCUUUCCUGGCUCGGUAGAACCGAUCCCGAAUUCUCAGACGAUGAUUCCCAGAGCGAAAGUUCACAGCAUAGCUUAUUCGAUGUUACAGACGAGGAUUCAGACUUCCUUGAUUUAUCUACACCUCCUCCCGGCCCUGCGGAUACAAAGCCCUCUCCUGAUGCCCAGGCCUCGACCCGUGCUAAGGCAACGAAGGAACCGAAAAUUCAUCUUCACCUCACGAUUUUUACACAUCCGACGCAGCAUUUAUCGGAUGUGGCUUCGUUGCAUUAUAUCUGUUAUGAAGAUGUUCGAUUAUCGUGGAAAAUAUCACAAUUGAUAGAUUUUCUGCGCGCACCUACAGAAGUAAAAACGAAUCCUGGGACAUUAAUACAGGAUUUCCCGGGCUUUGUGGGGUUUAGGAAAGAAGAUGGGGAGGUUAUUGCAGAAGGGAGUCCGGAGGUGAAGAAUAUGAAAUUGAGGAUGGGGAGGUGGUUAGAUCGUGGGAAUAGGACGCUGUUGGAAGAGGGGUUUAGGGAUUGGGAUAAUUUGGUUGUGCUUAUGGUGGGUGACGGGGAGAAUCUUGAGGAGGGGGAUUGGAAGGAUUGUGUUUGGGAGGCUGAUGGCGUGGCGGGUUGGAGAGAAGGGUGGCCUGGGGUGGGGAAGACGAGGGUGCCGAAAGAUAGGGAGGGUUGGGUUGGGGAAUUGUGGGAUGAUCACUUUUUUGUGAUGCAGUAG